AUGCACGAAGAAGACAGAAAAAAAUCACGUGAGAGAGAAGGAUCAAAUCUUAAUCAAGUUGAUGGACUUGAAAAUCCAUUUGCUGACCCUCAGACACCUUUAAACUAUCCAACAAUUUUCACACCAGCUCACCUGUUACUAUCAAAUUUCAGAGAAAACCCACCAUCAACAAAUGGCUUAUCGUCAUCUAAAACCACAAAAGAUAGACGUAGAGCAUUUAUUGAUAGAAUGAGAGUUUUAUCACAACAAUCACAAGGAUAUAAAACACCUGAAAGCAUACGUGAAGAAACUCAACAACAAGAAUCUAUUCAUAAAUUGGAGAAAAGAGCUAAAAUAUUGAAGUAUACUAAAUGGUGUUUAAUAACUGAUCUUAUUGGUUGUACUGUAUUUGUACUCUGUUUAGUUAUUUAUUUGUGUGUGUUCAAGUCUGAGGAUCAUGGGAAUCAAGUGUCAAAUUGA